ACAGCUGAGGGCAUAUCUGCACGGGAGGGGGCCUGUUGACAGCAGAGUUGGGUCUGGUUUGGUCACUGGGGUAACUGCCUGGACUGCACUGGUGUUAAUCCCCACUGAGAGUGACUGGCGCACGGGAGAGGAGCGUCAGGUGCACUGUUCUCAGUGCAAAUCAAAACCGUUUUCUCAUGUUCUGUUGACCUGUGUGACACCUGGUGAGGGAGGAGCUGGCUCAGCUGACUGGCACUUGACAACCUUCUGUCUGUCCCUUGGAGGCUGUGCUAGAAAACAGGAGGGACCUGACUGCCAUGCGCGUAGCGGUGAUUGGAGCAGGGGUGAUCGGGCUGUCCACAGCCUUGUGCAUCUAUGAUCAAUAUCACUCGGUCGUCCAGCCCCUGGAAAUUGAGGUCUAUGCUGACCAGUAUACGCCGCUCACCACCAGCGAUGGAGCAGCCGGGCUCUGGCAGCCGUAUGUGGACGAUAAGAGAAAUACUCAAGAAACGCUCUGGAACAAAGAGACAUUUGAUUACCUGUGUGGACACCUGAACUCACCGGAAGUAGAGGAAAUGGGACUCUUCCCAAUUUCUGGCUACAAUCUCUUUACACAGCCAGUGCCGGACCCACCUUGGAAGGACAUUGUCCUGGGAUUUAGGAAUCUGACAGCAAAAGAGCUUGAACUCUUCCCUGGUUACAGCUAUGGUUGGUUUAACACGGCACUAAUCUUAGAGGGCAAGAGCUAUUUGCCUUGGCUUACCAAGAGGUUAAAGCAGAGAGGAGUCAAGUUUUUUCAUAAGAAGGUUGAAUCCUUCCAUGAGAUGGUUGCCAAGGGCGUGGAUGUUAUAAUAAACUGCACCGGGGUCCGUGCAGGGGAACUGCAACCAGACCCAGGGUUAAUGCCAGGCCGAGGACAAAUCAUAAAGGUCCUGGCUCCUUGGGUGAAGCAUUUUGUCCUGACUCAUGAUAUUGAAUCUGGAAUCUAUAACUCACCAUACAUUAUACCUGGGAGCGAGCUAGUGACCUUGGGAGGGAUAUUUCAGCUGGGAAACUGGAACGAAGAGAACAGCCCCCAGGAUCACAAAACAAUUUGGGAAAACUGCUGCAAGCUGCUCCCUAGUCUCCAGAAGGCAAAGAUUGUGGAUGAAUGGAGUGGCUUCCGCCCUGUGCGCUACGCAGUUCGGUUGGAGAGAGAGGCAGUUCGUCAUGGACCUUUAAAAUCAGAGGUGAUACACAACUACGGCCACGGUGGUUUCGGACUCACCAUCCACUGGGGUUGUGCCAUGGAGGCCGCCAGGAUCUUCGGAAGGAUUCUAGAAGAAAAGAAGCUGGCCCGACCACCACAGUCCCACCUUUGAUUUAACAGAAAUACUCUAAUGAUCAUUCACAUUUUUUCCAUGGCAAAUCUGCGAUAGGCCCACAGCAAUAGUAGAGGAUGGAUGGGAAGAAACUGUUGGUUGUGUGCAGCAGUCACAUGUCUAACAAUAACACCAGUAGCUAGGAAGUCGCAGGGCAAAGGCAGAAAGAAAUAACUCAGUGAUGCAUGUUCUCUGUUUGAUGCCCUCAGCAGCUCCAAGACUGGUCUCUAGGGUACAGUUUUUGGAUUGUUACCAAUUAACUCCCUGUUGCUACUG